CAUUUUGGGUGAGCUGACAUUUAUCAGCAGCAGGUGUUGUGCAGGGAGACAGGAUCAGCUCCAGGCUUAUCAUUGGGACAAUGUGAGCAGUGGAUUGUGACAGAGGGGUUACAAACAGUUCUAGGAGAGGUUAACCAAAGUUUGAAAGGUGUGUCUGGCUUAUCUAAAUGUUCCAGGAGAGAUGUAAGUGGAAUCAUCAAACCCUCUGAUACCUCCCAAUCUUUCCAUCUCAUAUGUGAAGAGGCAGCCCAGGUGACCACUGCACCACUGAAGCAUGGACUCUCUACAGGUGCCACAGUCAACUUCCUCACAGAACAACCGUAAAGAAGGCCAAGAUGAAAAUUGUGAAGAGAAAAUUAAAGAUGUCAAGGCAAACCCUGCACACUCCACACUGGCCUUGGUGGAGCAGGACUCAGAGGACGUAGACCCCUGGGACCUUCCUGAGCUGAAAGACACUGGGGUCCCAUGGUCAGCUCUUGAUACCAAGGGUAAAGUGCUGAAAGUGCUGGUGUCAGUGCUGAAGUUUAUCAUUCUGCUGGGCCUCCUUUACAUGUUCAUCUGUUCCCUCGACAUCCUCAGUUCAGCCUUUCAGCUCGCUGGAGGCAGAGCAGCAGGCGACAUCUUUCAGGACAACUCCAUUUUGUCUAACCCACUGGCUGGUUUGGUCAUCGGGAUUCUUGUCACUCUGCUCGUUCAAAGCUCAUCCACCUCCUCUUCAAUAGUUGUCAGCAUGGUUUCCUCAGGGAUACUAACAGUCCGGGUGGCUGUUCCCAUUAUCAUGGGCACCAACAUUGGUACCUCUGUCACCAACACACUGGUCGCCAUGACGCAGGCUGGUGAACGCAGCACCUUUCGCAGGGCUUUUGCAGGGGCUACCGUGCACGACUUCUUUAACUGGCUCUCCGUGCUGGUGCUGUUGCCUCUGGAAGUGGCCAGUGGUUAUUUGUACGUGGUGACCGAGCUCAUCAUCGAGUCUUUUAAUAUCCAGAGUGGAGAGGCGCCGGACCUUUUGAACGUCAUCACUGAUGUCCUCACUGAGGCCAUCAUACAGCUGGAUGAGUCUGUCAUUGGUGGAAUUGCUACUGGAGACCCAGAGACCAGAAACAAAAGCAUGAUCAAGAAAUGGUGCCAAACCUACACCAAUGCAACCUUACAGAAUGUCACAGUUCCUGGUCCAGACAACUGCACCUCUCCGACUCUCUGCUGGGUUGAUGGCAACUAUACUUUCACUCUAAAGAAUGUGUCUGAAACAUACAACAUUCAGAAAUGUCAUCACCUCUUUGUGGACGUGAACCUGUCUGAUCUGGCUGUGGGUCUCAUCCUGCUGGCUCUCUCUCUGCUAGUUCUGUGUUCCUGCCUGAUCUGCAUUGUUAAGUUGCUUAACUCCAUGCUGAAGGGACAAGUGGCUUUAGUUAUCAAGAAAAUCCUCAACACCGAUUUCCCGUUUCCAUUUGGCUGGGUCACAGGUUACAUCGCCAUUUUAGUCGGAGCUGGAAUGACUUUCAUUGUGCAGAGCAGUUCGGUGUUCACAUCAGCCAUUACGCCACUUGUUGGUAUUGGUGUCAUCAGCUUAGAGAGGGCAUAUCCACUGUCUAUGGGCGCAAACAUUGGCACCACCACCACAGCCAUUCUGGCAGCCAUGGCUAGUCCUGGAGACAGACUGGCUAAAGCUCUACAGAUUGCCCUUGUGCACUUCCUGUUCAACAUCUCUGGAAUCAUUUUGUGGUAUCCAAUCCCCUUCACUCGCUUCCCCAUACGCAUGGCUAAGAGUCUGGGGAACAUCACCGCCAACUACCGCUGGUUUGCUGCAGUAUACAUCAUCGUCUGCUUUCUUCUCUUACCACUCUUUGUAUUCAGCCUGUCGCUGGCCGGUUGGGGGGUCCUUGCAGGUGUGUGUAUACCUUUAGUUGUCAUGUUGAUCAUCGUCAUGGUGAUCAAUGUGCUGCAGAAAAGGAAACCUGGAUGUCUGCCUACAAGACUGCGAUCCUGGGACUUCCUCCCUCUCUGGGCCCACUCCCUGGAUCCCUGGGAUAAACUGGUUGUAGCGUUCACAGCCAAAUGCUGCUGCUGCUGCAAAUGCUGCCAAAUUUCAAAUGACAAUCAGGAACAUAAAGAACAAGAAUCUGUGGAACAGAGCAUAAAAAUAAACAAAGAAGUGUACGAUAACCCAGCUAUGAUUGUAGAAAAUGAAGUAGAAAAUGUAAAAGAGAUAGAACUAAAUAUUUUAAAUAGAGCACAGCUUUGAGAUUUCAUAUUUAUUAUAUGUGUGUGACUGUGUGUGAUUGACAGAGGAAUAGUGCUUAUAGCACAUGAACUAACAUGAAUCAAAAUAUUUAUAUGAUAACUUAAAUUGACAUUUUUCUGUAACAUGUGAAAGAAAAAUGAUAUACACUGUGAAGUGAU